UACCUUCCUUGGCGCAUGCGCAGUACUCCCGGUCCUGUCAGGGACCCAAAGGGAAAGAGGCACGUCAUGGCGGCGCACGGAGGUAGCGGCUGGUUCCUGCCUUUGGCAGCUGGGGUCACGCUGCUCAAAAUGCUCCUCAUUCCGGCCUAUCAUUCCACAGAUUUUGAAGUGCACAGAAACUGGCUUGCCAUUACGCAUAGCUUACCAGUCUCUCAGUGGUAUUACGAGGCAACCUCUGAAUGGACCUUAGACUACCCUCCUUUUUUUGCCUGGUUCGAGUAUGUGCUUUCACACGUCGCCAAACACUUUGACAAGGAAAUGCUGGUGAUCCAAAACCUCAACUAUUCCAGCCCUGCAACGGUUCUCUUUCACAGGCUUUCAGUCAUCUUUGCCGAUCUGCUCUUCAUCUAUGCAGCUCGCGAAUGUUCCAGAUGUAUAAACGGAAGGCGAGGUGGAAAGGACAUUCUGGAGAGCCCUCCCUUUGUUCUCACAGUUCUCCUCUUAUGGAAUUUCGGCCUCUUAAUUGUGGACCAUAUUCACUUUCAGUACAAUGGGUUCCUCUUUGGAUUCAUGCUGCUUUCCAUUGCACGACUGUUCCAGAAAAGGUACCUGGAAGGAGCUCUUCUCUUUGCCGCCCUUUUGCACUUCAAGCACAUCUACCUCUAUGUCGCCCCGGCAUAUGGCAUGUUCCUGCUCCGGUCCUACUGCUUCACUGCAAAUAAUCCGAACGGAUCCGUUCGGUGGCGCAGCUUCAGCUUUCUUCGCUUCACUGCUCUGGGCUGCAUUGUUGGCCUCGUCUCUGCCCUUUCACUGGGACCAUUCGUUGCUUGGGGCCAGCUUCCUCAGGUGCUUUCCCGCCUCUUCCCUUUCAAGAGAGGUCUUUGUCACUCAUACUGGGCUCCCAACUUCUGGGCUGUGUACAAUGUCCUGGAUAAAGCUCUCUCCGUUGUUGGUCAGAAAUAUAAAUUCCUUGACCCCACGAAGAUGCCCAGAGCUGCCAUGACCGGAGGGCUGGUCCAAGAAUUUCAACACGUAGUCCUUCCUUCGGUGACCCCACUGGCUGCUUUAAUCUGUACUGUCAUCUCUAUGCUGCCCUCUGUUUUCUGUCUCUGGUUUAAACCCCAAGGGCCCAGAGGCUUCCUGCGAUGCUUGGUGCUCUGUGCUCUCAGCUCUUUCUUGUUUGGGUGGCACGUCCACGAGAAAGCAAUACUCCUCGCCAUUCUUCCGUUGAGUUUGCUGUCUGUGGAGCGAUCAAGAGAUGCUGGCAUCUAUCUGGUGCUGUCUACCACAGGACACCUUUCGCUCUUCCCUUUGCUGUUCACAGCUCCAGAGCUGCCAAUUAAAAUACUGCUCAUGUUGCUCUGCACAGUGUACAGCUUCUCCUCGCUGAAGGCCAUCUUCAGGAAAGAAGGGCCUCUGCUUACCUGGCUGGAAACAACCUAUCUCAUGGGGCUGAUACCUCUAGAAAUCUUUUGUGAAAUCGUUUUUCCUUUCGUUGCCUGGCUGCAAAAGUUUCCCUUCCUCCCUCUAUUGCUCACUUCAGUUUAUUGUGCUCUGGGCAUCAUGUAUGCAUGGGUCAAAUUGUACAUCUCUGCCUUCGUGGGACCACCAGCCAUCAGGCGAAAAGGGGAAUGAGGGUGUUUACAACAGACUAUGUCCUCAGGGAUCCUUCCAAAAAAUCAAAUUGUCUGAAAUCGUGGUGGCAGCUGCAUCACAGCACUGUGUCCGGUUCAUUUAAGGUUGCUCCGUCCUGCUUCAGAAAUGCUCCCAUUUCUCUGAAGGUCCUGGAGGAAGAAAGUGUUCUGCAAAUACAGUUAAGGAAUCCUGGACAAUUUUCAGGGUGAGAAGGAGGUGGUUUGUGAGCUUACAAGCCUAGUUUACAACAAGACUUUUAAAUCGGACGUUAAAAAUGGAAUUGGAGUUUCCUUUUUAACUUUCAGUUUGAUCUGAACGAAAUAUUGGUUAUCUUAAUGGGUCCAUAGUUGCUCAUACCCUGAAGGUUACUUGAACAACAGGAUUGCUCGUCUCCAGAAUGGAAACUUUAUUAUAAUCAUGCAUGGUAAAAGAUGUGAAUAAAAUACUUUUAUACG